UCCCCUCCACCACCAUCUCAAUCGCCGCCUCCCCCCUCGUCAGACCCCUCUCCCCCUCCUCCCCCCGCCAACAGUCCUCCACCCGCCGCCGAUCCACCAAAACAUUCCCCCCCUCCACCAGAAACCCUACCAUCACCACCACCUCCUCCAAUUGCCUCCCCACCCAUUCCACCACCACCCCCUCCGCCAAUUGCUUCCCCACCAUUACCACCCCCUCCAAUCCCUACCCCACCAUUACCACCACCUCCAAUCGCUUCCCCACCAAUUCCACCACCUCCCAUCGCUACCCCACCAUUACCACCACCUCCAAUCGCUUCCCCACCAAUUCCACCACCCCCUACCCCCACCCCUUCCACAUCCCCAUACCCACCCCCACUCCCAAACAACACAUCCACAAACGGAACCCUACCAAACUCCCCACUCCCCUCCGAAAAACCCGUCGCUAAAUCCUCCCAAUUCGGUCCAAACAUAACCGCCGACUCCACACCCCCAAACCCCGACGGCCUCAAAGCCGGCGGCGCCGCCACCGUAGGCAGCAUUGUCGGCUUCUUCGCACUCAGCCUCGUCAUUCUCGCCGUCUGGUUCACCCACAAAAAGAAACGAAGAAAAUCCGGCUUCACCCUCAACUACACCACCCCCUCCCCUUUCGCUUCCUCCCAAAAUUCAGAUUCGUCGUUCUUGAGGAGAUCGCAGUUUUCGUCGCAACUAGCUGGAAGCCCUUCGUCGAACAACAACAACUACAUGUAUUCACAAGACAUGGGCCUAGGCCAAUCGAGAUCAUGGUUCACGUAUCAAGAACUGUCUUUAGCUACCGAGGAUUUUUCGGAAAAGAAUAUUCUCGGCGAAGGUGGAUUCGGAUGCGUUUAUAAAGGAAUCUUGAAAGAGGGGAGAAUCGUUGCCGUUAAGCAGCUGAAAGUAGGUGGCGGACAAGGCGAACGCGAGUUUAGAGCGGAAGUCGAGAUAAUUAGUCGAAUACAUCAUAGGCAUUUGGUCUCCCUGGUUGGUUAUUGUAUCGCCGAAAGUCAAAGGCUGCUGGUUUACGAUUAUGCCCCCAAUAAUACCCUGCAUCACCAUCUUCACAGUGAAGGCAAUGUGAUGGAUUGGGCUAGUCGAGUUAAAGUUGCAGCGGGUGCAGCUCGUGGGCUAGCCUAUCUUCACGAAGAUUGUCAACCCCGUAUUAUUCAUCGAGACAUUAAGUCAACGAACAUUCUCUUGGAUAACAACUUCGAAGCGCUGGUUGCUGAUUUUGGACUUGCGAAGCUAGUGGAAUUGGAUUUACACACGCAUGUUUCGACCCGUGUGAUGGGCACUUUCGGGUACUUGUCUCCAGAGUAUGCAUCAACAGGCAAACUAACCGAAAAAUCGGACGUUUUUUCGUUCGGUGUUGUGCUUUUGGAACUCAUUACGGGCCGUAAGCCCGUCGACUCAUCUCGACCACUAGGAGACGAAAGCCUUGUUGAAUGGGCGCGGCCUUUGCUCACUCAAGCACUCGAGAGAGAGCAGUUUGGAGAAAUCGUCGACCACAGAUUGAAGGACAAUUUCGUCCCGAGCGAAAUGUUCCGGAUGAUCGAAGCAGCUGCUGCUUGCGUUCGUCAUCAUGCGACUAAAAGGCCGAAGAUGAGUCAGGUGGUGAGAGCGUUGGAUUCGAUGGAUGAGCUGGCGGAUUUGAACAACGGGGUGAAACCGGGGCAGAGUGGUGUUUUUAGCUCGAGCGAACAUUCUGCACAGAUAAGAAUGUUCCAGAGAAUGGCAUUUGGAAGCCAAGAUUACAGUACAGAUACUUUUAACUCUCAGAGCAGCAACUGGUGAAGCUGAGGAAGAAAACAUUAUAUUAUAUAUCAUAUUAUGUUAGGCGGUUUUAAUUACCAUAAUUGGUAACUCUAAUUUGUAUCCUUUUUUUCAUAUAUAUAUUCUCAAUUCUUGGAUGUAAAUUUUGGUGUUACAACUAACUAAUGGUUUAUUGAUUGAUAGUACAUCCUGAUUCUUUGUGUUGUAAA